GACUUGUUAACACAAAAAUGUGUUCAGUUUACAUCGAUCAUGGCAUCCCAAGACACCUACGAAAUAUGGCCACAGUUAUUCGCAUCAUUCGCUGUUUGCGUAUCGGGAAUGUGCACGGGCUCGUUCUUCGCCUUUAGUUCCGUUGUAAUUCCUUUGCUCCAAAGGCCUGACCUUCAAGGAGGUUUGAACUUGUCAUUGGAAGAUGGAUCUUGGAUUGUCAGUUUGUUCUUCAUCGGGUCAAUUUGCGGAGCGCUUUUGGCUGGUCCAUUGAACAAUCAAUUUGGAACCAAACGACUAGCCAUUUUUAUUGCUUUGGUCGUCAAUGUUCAGUGGGGCUUCGUGGCUUAUAACACAACCUUGGCAUGGAUUUUGGUGGGACGGAUCGUCUCUGGAAUGUGUUAUGGAGCUUUUCUUGUGUUCGUAAAGGUCUACAACGCCGAAAUAACUCAUCCGAAUCUCCGAGGGUCCACUAGCACCUUCUACACCACCAACCUCUCUUUCGGUUUCUGUUAUGGUUUAACAUGUGGAUACUUUGUUCGGGACCUUUCUCUGCUUUGUGGUUUAUUUUCCCUUCCGAGUCUUCUUUUUCUUUUCUUGAGUUUGUUUAUUCCCAAUUCCCCGUUUUGGUUGGUCCAAGUGGGCCGAGAAGAUGAAGCCCGAAACUCACUUCAAUGGCUUCGAGGAUCAGCAUACGACAUCACCAAAGAGUUCCAACAGAUCAGGGAGAAAAAGUUGACAAAGGAAGUUGAAAGCAAGGAGCUGUCUCUUUGCAAAAAGGUCCAAUCACCUGACCUUUGGCAACCGCUCUUACGGGUAGGAGCACUGUUAGUUCUCAUCGAAAUUGGAGGCAUGAAUAUCACGUCCCAAUACCUGGUGGUCAUCUUCCAACUGUCGGGGUCCAAUAUGGAUCCUUAUUUAGCUCCAUUGGUGGUUGGGGGAUUUAGGUUUGGCCUCGGUCUUUGUUCAACCUUCAUCCACCGGUUCGUUCGUCGUCGGCCAUUCAUCGUACUUUGUUUUGUGGUUGUUGCGAUAAGUUAUUCAGCCGUUGCUCUUUUCACGUACCUUCACGAUCAUCAUGAUUCCAAGGCUGUGCAAGCCUUGAAUUGGAUUCCCGUGGUUGGUUUGGUUCUCAUUCAAGUGUGUGACACCGUUGGUUUUUUGGUGGUGAUCAAUCUGAACCUUCAGCCCGAAAGUUUUCCUACCCAAUACCGAUCGAUUGGCUGUGGCCUUUGUGGCGUGAUCACGGCCUUUGCACGAUUCGUCAUGUCCAAAUGUUUCUCCCAACUUCUCGAAUUCAUAACUUUAGCUGGUGCAUUUACCUUGUUCGGUGUCAUGUUCGUCAAUAUUGGCAUUUAUUGCUUCUAUAUUGUUCCCGAGAAUAAAGGCCAGUGUUUGGUGCAAACAGAAGAGAAGUUGGUAAAAUAAAAUCUGCUUUGUUCUGGAACUUCGUUGAU